CUUUGUAAUUUAUGAUUUCCUCUUGUUUGGUGGAAUGCUCUAAAAACAGUUGCACUUUCAGCUGAGUCAAGCCAACAUGAUGGUGUCUGACAAAGUUCUUCUGGUUGCUGUGGCUUUUGUGUUUACCUUCUUCCCACAAGGUGAGGGAAUAAUUGGAGGCCGGGAAGCGGCGCCCUUCUCUCGUCCCUACAUGGCCUCCAUCCAGGCCCCAGAGGGAGCGACACUGAAGCACGAAUGUGGAGGGUUUGUCAUCGCUGACCAGUGGGUCAUGACUGCCGUGCACUGCAUGCCAUCAGGGCCAAACGGACGACAAGUAGUGCUGGGCCUCCAUUCUCUGACUCAGCCCGAGGAGACGAAGCAAAUCUUUAAUAUUUCUGAACUCUACAACAACCCCAAGUUCAACAGUGACAAUUACGACAAUGACAUCGCUCUCAUCAAGUUGGAUCGUCCCUUCAACCAGAGUGACGCUGUUAAAGCAGUGGCGUUCUUGCGAGCUGGUGGUGCAAAUCCAGGCGUGGAUGACGAUGUGGAAACAGCUGGCUGGGGGUCCCUGGACAACUUGGGUGCCAGACCCGACAAACUAAAAGAGGUGGUGUUGCAGGUGAUCAACCCAAGGCGGUGUGGAAGACGGGACUACUUUGGCAGGAAGUUCACCACCAACAUGAUCUGCGCCCAUAAAGUCUGCCCAAACCCUUGUGAUCGACCAUACAAGAAGGAAGACAGCUGCGAUGGAGACUCCGGGGGUCCGCUGCUUUACAACGGUGUUGCAGUGGGCAUCACCUCCAAUGGUGGAAUGAAGUGUGGCCAACUUAACAAACCUGGGAUUUACACCAUAAUCUCUCAUUACACUGAGUGGAUUGAUGGCGUCAUGGCGCAACAGACACCUGCAUAAAUGAUGAAGCCCAUCCAAUGAUACAAGCAUUUUAAUUCCUUCCACUCGCUAUAAAAUAAUACAUUAUUACUCUGCAUAUGGUCACUUUUUGUCAUCCCUUUUUUAUUGUAUUAUUCCCUGCUCUGACAAUAAACGAAU